CGUCUCCUCACCUCCAAGUGCUUGUGUCCUCUUGAAAUUCUCCCAAAAAACCAAACGACAGGGCUCGCUUGCGACCUGAAGUAUCCCGAAUAAGAGGAUAUGGACUCAGAUGAGGCGCUCUUUGGUUUUGAAAACUCACUGUACGUCCUCCUCAUCCAGAGCCACCUACUAUAGACGCUACUCUGAGAAUGACGUUCUCAAAUACUUGCUCCAAGCAAUUGUCGAAACCGGCCUACAAGACGACAUUGAUCAUUCGGAUCGACACCGGAAUCUGAAGAGGUCCCGAGCACAAACCCCGCUGCUUGUCAAUCAGCACUCGGCUUCGACCCAGCCUUAGUGCACGGCGAUGCCGACGCAUGGGCUGCAGAGCGCAUUGUUGGGCCAGAUACAUUGUCCUCGAGGUCUCAUCGCCACAGGGGCUUCUAGCGCUGGCAGUGGGCCCACCGAGGAUCGCUCGGACUGCGAUCCUGCCCUCGUCUCAG